CCAACCUUCUGUUGGAAGCUGCUGUAAAAUGUCGUGAACAGCGCUGCUGCUUUACGGCUGCCUCUCCCAGGACGCGAACUCCGGAGCACCUACCUCAACCAGCCGGGUCUCCAGGAGGUUCGGUCUGGCGGAAAGUGUGAGACCCGGCGCGCCGCUGCCCUCCCCGCAGCGCCCGUCUCGGACCCCGGAGAUGUGAGCUCGAGCCAGCUGCGGUGCACCCUGGCCCGGGGUUGAGACGGGCGGCAGGUGCCUGUGAGGCGGGCGGGUGCCGGGGGCCAGCAGGAUGGAGGAAAGCAUGGAAGAGGAGGAGGUGCUCAUCUACGAGGCGAUGAUGGACGACCAGAACCACAACAACUGGGAGGCCGCCGUGGACGGCUUCCGGCAGCCCCCGCCGCCCCCCUCAUCGAUCCCCAUCCCGGCCUGCGAGCCUCCGGGCGGGCAGCUGCUGGCUGUGCCCGCGGUCUCCGUGGACAGGAAAGGCCCCAAGGAGGGGCUCCCGAUGGGGCCACUGCCACCGCCACCGCCGGACGGCAAUGGGGUGAUUAUGAUGUUGAAGGGCUGCGACGCGGCCGCCGCCGUGGCCAAGGCGACCCCCGCCCCCACCCCCAGCUCUACGAUCAACAUCAACACCUCCACCUCCAAGUUCUUAAUGAAUGUUAUAACUAUUGAAGAUUAUAAGAGCACAUACUGGCCAAAAUUGGAUGGUGCCAUAGAUCAACUUUUAACCCAGAGUCCUGGUGACUAUAUCCCUAUAUCCUAUGAACAGAUAUACAGUUGUGUGUAUAAGUGUGUAUGCCAGCAGCACUCAGAACAGAUGUAUAGUGAUCUGAUUAAAAAGAUAACUAAUCACUUAGAGAGAGUCUCAAAGGAGCUGCAGGCCAGCCCUCCAGAUCUCUAUAUUGAAAGAUUUAAUAUAGCUCUUGGACAAUAUAUGGGAGCAUUGCAGAGCAUUGUGCCUCUUUUCAUAUAUAUGAAUAAAUUUUACAUCGAAACUAAGCUUAACAGAGAUUUGAAAGAUGAUCUUAUAAAGCUGUUUACGGAACAUGUUGCAGAAAAGCACAUUUAUAGCCUAAUGCCUUUACUUUUAGAAGCCCAGUCAACACCAUUUCAGGUCACACCUUCGACUAUGGCAAAUAUUGUGAAAGGCUUGUAUACUCUCAGACCAGAGUGGGUUCAGAUGGCUCCAACUCUAUUUUCUAAAUUUAUUCCAAACAUUCUCCCUCCGGCAAUGGAAUCUGAGCUUUCUGAAUAUGCUGCUCAAGACCAGAAACUUCAAAGAGAGCUUAUACAGAACGGUUUUACAAGAGGUGACCAGUCCCGAAAGAGAGCUGGGGACGAGUUGGCUUACAGCAGCUCCUCUACAUGUGCAGCUUCCAGGGGAUACAGAUAGUGAAUGUGAUGAAUGUACUUUCCUCCCCAAAAGAGGAAACACUGGAGCUGCACAGACUGUGUUCAGAGCGCAGCCGGGCCUGCAGCACUCAGGAGCUCCGUCAUAAGGCUGUUCUUGGGAGAAGUUGCUGGACUUCUUAUUUUGGUUUGUAAUUUUUAAAAAACUAACAAAAAACAACAUAAAAACAGUUGCUGCUAGACUUGGGGGUGAUUAUGAUAUGGGACAAUCCUUUAAUGAGUUUAUCUACAGAUUCUAUGAGGAACAAGCAUCUUGGAAAGUGACCAUUGCUCAGUGAGAUCUGAGAACGAGAAUCAGCGGUGUCCUCCAAAAAUACAAGAGAAGAAGAAAUCUUUUUUUAAAAGCACUUGUUUUGUUCAUUUGUGGACUUGGCACUUCAUACUGGUUUUACAUGUCAAGAUACUUUUUACUUUAAAAGCAAGCAGAUGGUUACAAUACAGUAUUCUUCACCCAUAUCCCAGACAGCCUCCUUUAAAAUACGAAAUGGUCUUUGUUAAGCAUUAGAAUGUCCGGUUAAAGGAAAAUAUCAACUCAGCUUUCACUAGAACCUUUCCCCCAUCAAGUCACAACCUUUUCCUAUUCUGUGCCUUGAGCUUUGUGCACUUUGCAACUGUGUGAUGGUAUUGUCAAAUUUACAAAUGCUUCCUGGAGAAGUUGAUGGCAUCCUGAGCCAAUCCACCAAAAUGUCAAGCAUCUUUUUGUGGCAGGAUGUUAAUUAAGUCGGAAGGUAGAAAUGUGUUGCACAUUGGUCAGAUUCCCUCUCUCUCCCUAGAGGCACCAGGGCAUGUUCAUGUUAAUGUGGGGACCAACUCUCAUACAGCAUUUCCAUUCCACCAUCACCUCACCUGAUUUCACCAGCCGCUGUAGUGUGGGUGAUACCCUAGUUCAGAUGUGUGGCACUGUAGCACGAAUGCCCCCUUUCCGUGCUGAGGAGGAGAGUCCUGUGGUAGGAGCAGCUUCCUCUAACACUCUAGGAAGUAAUGUAGUUACUAAAACCAAAUACAAUCUGUGGUGUGAACUUUGAUUCAUUUAAUUAUAAGUACUUUAGAAAGUAGUUUAUACUCUACAUCUCUUAAACAACAUACUUCAGUGGAAUAAGGAAGAAGUCACACUACUGCUUUAAGGCUUGCUUCUAGCUGUGACAGAGCCACAUUUUCUGUUUCACCACACUCAUAGUGCUAUUUAAUUAUCCAUGAAAGCCUCUGAAGCUUAUUCUAGUUGUUUUUCCAAGGCCCAAAAAAAGAAGAGAAAAGAAAGAAAGAUAUGGCAAGGAAAAAACAUUUUUCUUCUGUUUUGCUUGAAUGUAAAUUGAGAAUAGCCUCCACUCCACUGGGCUAGUGAUAGUUACCUCUUCUGAGAAUGGAAGACAUACCAAGGAUGCCAUCAUGUUGCUGAUCUGUAGGUUUUUCAGAGGCACCUCUUUCAUUUCUAUGUGUCCUUUAGUGAUGGAUUCAGACUGUAGGAGUGGGAGAUUGGGAGCAAGUAAGUCAUCUAAUAGCAGUCCCUGAUUUGUAAAAUUAUGCAGUGGAGUAAACAUAAAGGAGCGAUACAUUUUUAAAUACUUCUGAGCCAGAGUUGUUGCAUUUUGUGGAGAGCUUUAGUUGGACUCAUCCACCCUCAGCAUCAUGGAUUUUAUAGAUAAUAGUGAAGUUCCCUAAGAACAUGCCGGCUCUAUGAUCUAUUUAAACAUUCUAGUAUUAAGAAAGAAUUCCAUUUUAUCACAAAACCUAAAUUUUACUUUGCUCAAUGGAAUGCUUGCUGUGGGCUUAUAAAUAGUACCUGGGACUGAAAUGUCUCCUGAGUGGCUUUGAUGAUAUCUCUGAAAGGAAUAAAAUUGGAACAUUUCUUUAAACAUGAAUGAAUUCUUCAAUAUCCUAAUAACAUUCCCAAAUGCUUUUUUUGGGAGCGAACAUCCUUUUUUGGUCAAUAGAAGAAUUUUCCCUAUAAAAAAGCAUUGUAUUAUGAUAUGAAUUGGCAUUAAAAUCUUUGAAUACCUUUGUAUUAUUAAGUUAAUGGAGAAAUAUUUUAUAUUCUUUUUAUUAAUGUGUGUGUUAACAAAAAAAAAAUGCAGGCAAAGGAAAGUCUGUAAAAUUUAGUUUCUUAGAACUUUUGCAUAGUGACUGCAUCCAGCUAUGUGUCAGGCUUGGUACCCUAAAGCUAUUACCAAAAGGUACUCUGAAGGAGUACCCAAUUCACCUAGUACAUGUGCCCUGGCUAUUACAAAUCUUAGUCGCUUGAGGUACAUUGCAGUAUGAAACGUAUUUCUUUAAGUAAAAUUUGACGUUGCUUAUUAGUUAAAACUCUUGACAGAAUUCUUAACUUAUAACAUGAAAUAAAAUCCCCCCCUUUUUUAUUGAAUAUUACUUUUUGCCAGAAAGUAUUUUCCUCUCCUGUUUAUUUGUAUUCUUGCCAGGACAGUAUAUAGUUUUCCCACCCCUGCUAAAUACUGGCUUUUAUAUGGAAGAUUUCAAUCAUUGGAGACAGAAUAUUUUAUAUGUCAGUUGAUUGAUUCAUCAGCACAUGCUAUUGAUGUGGUUAAACUAUCUGGUUAGUACUUAUGUGCUGCUGAAAACUAGAUACUUACAAAGAAAGCCAGAGUUAGAUCAGUCUUCUUCAAAUAAGGUAUAUAAAAUAAAUAGGUAAUAUUGUUUCAGGAGAUGAUACAUAUUUUAAAGGUUGGCCUUAAGCUUUAUGUAACAGUGUCAUAGCUCAUGACCUCUGUUGUCACAGCUGCACCCUAACCCAGCAGUAAUUAUUACUAUUCCAUUUUGGGGAAAGAGAGGGAGCCCAAAAAGCAAAACCUGGUGGUGUAACUCUUGGCCUAAUAGUUCUAAGUCUGGGCUACUAAGAAGAAGCACCAACCUGAAUCCAUGACUUGUGAUUUAUUAAACUUUGCAGUUUUUUCCUGCCCCUUUUACAAAUUUAUACUACCUUUCAUUAGGAUGAAGCUUGUUAAUGGGUAGGUGAGUUUGGGGAGGAAUGGAUGCCCAUGGCCAUGAACACUGCACGUUUCCUGUGCUCCGACCUGUGCAGCUGCCACUUCCCUUGCUGUAUGCUAUGAUUUCUGUUGGGUUGCAAAUUUGCACACAUAAAAAUUCCUCAGGAAGAGUUUGCAUAUGCAUCACCUUGCAAUAUUCUGUACAGACCAAAUGAGGGAUUUGAAGGUCUUUUAGCACAAAAGGAUAACUUAAAAGUGGUCAGUAUACCUUCUAGCAGAGGUAAUGAUGACCUAACAAACAAAAUUGGUUUUGGCAGUUAUAAAGUGAGCAGAAGCAUUUAUAUCAUAGUAUUUAAUCCUGUUGCAUUUUUCCUGUAGUCAGAGCAAAUAGCCUUCCAAAUUUGUCUUAUUGAGGCUGCCAAUAUUUUAUUGAUUGUUCUCCCAUCUUAACUGUAGAUAAUUAUUUGUUAUUAUACAGGAGAGGCAUUGCUCUUGAGGUAAAAUUCUCUUGCUUAAUAAGCAGCUAUAAUUAAACUCAUGGAGCAUUGUUUUAUGAAUAUACACUAGUCUGAGAUAAGAAAGAGCAAACUGAAAAGCAAACAAAAAUUCUGCAUUAGCUUUCUCACCAUUGUUUGGGUGUUUUGACUUGAUUUUUUUAUGGAGUGUUAUUGAUCUUUUAGCUUGGAAUAUUACAUUUACUUAAAUCCAAUAUAGACCUCUUAAUGGGACUUUAAAAUCCAAUGUCAGAAUGUGAACCCCUUGGCUGAUACCUGUAAGAGGGCUACAGGACCUUUUUAGUUAUAAUUACUGUUUUCAGUAAGAUUUUUUAAGGUAAAGUUCAUUUUUAUCAGAAAGUACAAUGAAACUUUUAAGAAGAGUUUAUAGAAAAAUGGCCAUCCUAUUGCCAUAAUAAAGUUUGCCUCACUUUUUGGCCACCAAAGUAUGUGAAAGGAGUCCUUUCCAAAGGAAACAAUUCUUUUGUUUGUUGUCCCCCCACCCCCCAUUGAUUAAAGUCACUAAUGCCUCUUCCACUGUCUGAAACCCUGUUCUGAACCUCUUUCCAGAGCUGAGGGACAAAAUCCGUAUAUUGUUUCAGCUUAAGUUGAUGGCAUGGCUGUGAGAGAAUUGAAGAAAGUGAUAGAGAUCAAUUCUUACAGAACCCUGGGAUAAAUAUUGCACCCCUGCUAGUUGGAAAUCAUCUUCAUUUCAGGUUGGACAGCACUGUUUAGAAAAUAUUUUAUGGAUUGUAAUUCUGGGGAAAUCUAUCAAGUGGCUCUGGGGUUAAUUCUGUGGUUUGGAAAAAAUAAAUAUUUUGUAUUAAUUCUCACAUGUCAUUUCAACAUUGUGACUAGGUACUAAAUGCAAUAAGAUUGUGGAUAUUCUCCUAGGAUGUGUUUUAUUAAAAACAAAUAGCAGUUUACUUGCUUCCAUUAGUCCAAUUUGUUGAUAUUACAGCCAUGCAAAGGAGAAAUUAUUCAAGUGUGAAGUUGUGAGAGCCAUGGUUAGAAAUAGGAAUGCUUAUAUAUAAUUUUUGAGGUUAUAUGGGGUAAGGGGUUUCUGCUACCCACCAGCACAGCCAGGGCAAUGAGGAAACAGUGAAGUCUUGUCCCUGGUGGUGCUUGUCAGUCACAAGAUGUAGUAAGCUCAGAACAGUUGUUGCUCAGUUAUUAGUCCAAGAAAAACAACCAGGUGGAUGGAACAGUAAUUGACAUGAGAUACGCUGCCACUGACUUUGCCUCUGACCUUUAAUCCUUGGUGGAUUUUGAAUCACUCCUCUGUUAGAGUGUAUAAGAUCACUCUAAAACUUUGUGGUUAAUGAAAUAAAUCUUGUAUAGAGA